AUGCGGAGGACGUUUGCGAUACCACUGCAGCGGGGGCUUAUCAAUGGGCUAAGAAACCGAACACUACCUACAGCGUCGUCCACACCUUCAAGAGUAUGGUUUUCUUCAGAGGUUGUAAGCAAUGUUUCAUCCUGGGAAUGCAAAGUUAACGAGUUUUUUGAUGCCUACAAAAAGUAUACGGAUGCUAUUGACAAGACACUGCAAGAGUCAUCUGAUGACUUAAAGAAGCGAUUGAAGGCGGUUGCUAAGGAAGCUGCGAAACAUAUCGAUGAAUGUGAUCUAACGACUGCUACAGUGCUCAUGAUUUGUCUAAAUAACAUUAGCAGACGAUGCAAGUGCGUGGAGCUAUAUAACGAACUUAUGCGGCUACUGCUUCGCGAGGUAUCUUCUGGCACCGGGCGAAACACCACCAAAGGUGAUGACAAGGUGCGUCAAAUCAUCGGCAACUUUGUUGGGGAGGAUUAUAUUGAGGCGUCAAAACGCGACGAAAGCCUGGCUGCAUUGCUAUUGGGGGGGUUACGUGCUUACGAGCUGAAGCAGACACCAAAACAAGUUGUGGAUGAUAUGAUUGCCGUUGCCAAUGCCAAUUUAUACCGAUGGGCACCAUCAGAACUUGUGAAUGUAUGCCGCGACUUGGCGUGGGUUUGUCGUUUCUGCCAACAGGAGGGCGGUCCUGGUUUACUAAGAAAAGCAUUGACAUUUGUCUGUGACCGUGCAAGCAAAUCAGCAACCACUUUGAAGAGACCACAGCUGAUCACAUUGAUGAAAGCUAUGAGCGUCACCAAGCAGGAGUCAGCAACUCUGGAUUUACGGAUGAACCACCUUAUAGCUGCGUUACUGGCUGCAGAAGAAGCCGAUAUUCCGGCCGACCCAGAAUACAGGUUGAACGUGCAGUAUAGGCGUGCUAAGGGUAACGUGCACGUGCUUCAUGUAGCUUUAAUAAGUGGACUGGAACUGAAAACUAACGUGGUUCAAGCACUCUUAGAUUCGGUCAUGAAGUUCUGUAUCGAUUACUUCAGCGCAACCUGCCGUAUGUGGCAGAUGAAACCGCCGGAAACGAAUUAUCAUGAUUAUAAUACAAUCGAUCCCAGGGUGGCUAACCUGAUUUAUGCGAAGUGUACUAACAAGGUCUUGAGGGUACCCGGAUCACUCGACCCUGCCAAUAACCCAGAACCCAAGAUACCGAAGCUAGAGGAAAGAUACCAGGCUGUUGUGGCGGCACUUGCACGUCUUUUUGAAAGCGGCAAACACACUUUUUGUCGCGGGCUAAAGCUUUGCGAAGCACGUCUGCGUAUAGUGAACCGCACAAUAUACAGGGACCUAGACGAUCGUACACGAACAUUCAUGCACGCAGUUGCCUGUUUCAGGCUUGAGGACCCGCAGCCUUCGCCGAGUGAUGCGCUUCAAAGGGCACUAACCCACCUAAGGUACAGACCGGUACCUCUCAUGCUGGAUGGUACCUUCCAGAUCAACUGCAUUGAUCAUCGUGCAAGGCUCUUUUGUGAACUAUGCAACGAAAAGGAGGCACGAGAGGUACGAGAUGUUGGAGAUACCGGAAGCCAUCUAAAAUACAACGCCUCCACUGAUCUCAAGUUACGUUACCUUGAAGCGUCAGGGUGGCGUGGCAUUACGCUGCUAGAGGCUGAGUGGAAACGGCUCCCCGAGGACGCGCGUAUCGCACUUUUACGCUCUAAACUUGCAGAAAUAAACAAACAACCUUAA